GAUACUGUGUGACACUGGGAUGUCUUUGCAGGCAGUUCUCUCUAUUUCUCACGAUGCCCUUUGCUCUUGCUCUGGACAAAUUCGAUCUUUCUACGCAGAAACCAAAGCAGUCCCUAAUUCUGUACAACUUGUUGGAUCUAUUGCAGUCGCCCUCUUCCCAAGCAGCUACAAUUCAUACUGUGAAGAGAUCACCAGGCAAGCUUUCCUUUUCAUCAAUUCCUCGUCAGAUUUCUAGAAACGGUGCUAGUUAUUCCAGUUUCGUGGUCCCCACAAGGGACUUCCCAUUUCACAAGAAAGAGAGGCUAACCAGCUUAUUCACGAGUCGAUCCAACUGCAAACCUGGGCUUAGUAUGCCGAAGCUUUUAACGCAAAAAUCUCGGUAA